AUGCCUUCGAAUAAGUAUUCGUCAAAACUAACUCAAGAUAGAUCAUAUGGAACAGCUCAAGCUAUGCUCUACGCAACUGGUCUUAAGGAACCAGACAUGACUCGACCUCAAGUCGGUAUUGUUUCCAUGUGGUAUGAAGGCAAUCCGUGCAAUAUGCAUUUACGUCGUUUGGCAGAUUGUGUCAAAGCGUCUAUGCAAGAGACAGCGGGUGAGAAUAGCCUUGUUGGAAUGCGUUUUAACACGAUUGGUGUUAGUGAUGCUAUAUCCAUGGGUAACGAUGGUAUGUCAUAUUCGUUACCGUCACGAGAUUUAAUUGCUGACUCGAUUGAAAGUGUAAUGGGUGCACAUUGGUACGAUGGUUUGAUAACAGUUCCUGGUUGUGAUAAAAAUAUGCCUGGAUGUGUCAUUGCAAUGGCUCGACUUAAUCGACCAUCAUUGAUGAUUUAUGGUGGAACCAUCGGAGCUGGACACACCACUCUUGGUCCAUGCACUCGAACAAUUGAUAUUGAAUCAACAUUUGUAGCAUUUGCACAAUAUGUGAAAAACGAAAUCACAGACGAGCAGAGACAAGACGUUGUUCGUCAUGCCUGUCCAGGAGAAGGAGCUUGUGGUGGUCUCUAUACUGCUAAUACAAUGGCGAUAGCUAUUGAAUCCAUGGGUCUUUCGUUGCCAUACAGUUCUUCGACACCAGCUGCUGAUCCAUUGAAACUAGAAGAAUGUAAACGCGCAGUCGAAGCCAUACGAAUACUACUUGAGAAAGAUAUUAAACCUAAAGAUAUUAUGACUCGAAAAGCAUUUGAAAAUGCCAUUACUGUGACGAAUGCUCUUGGCGGUUCAACAAAUUCAGUACUUCACUUGAUUGCAAUGGGCCAUGCUGCGGAUGUUCCAAUAACUCUCGAAGAUUUUCAAUCGAUCUCCCAAUCUACUCCAUACAUCGCCGAUCUUCGUCCAUCAGGAAAAUACCUAAUGGCGGAUUUACAUUCCAUUGGAGGAACGCCGGCUGUACUUAAAUAUUUACUUUCACAGGGGCGAAUUCAUGGUGAUAUUAUGACAGUGACUGGCAAGACACUGGCUGAAAAUCUAGCUGAAUGCCGUGAUUUAGGCUUUAUUGAAGGUCGACCGUCGACUGUACGACCCGGAUCUGGACCUGGCAAUCAAGAUCUUAUCCAUCCAAUUGAUCGUCCACUGAAGGCCAGUGGCCAUUUGCAAAUUCUUCGUGGUAAUUUAGCUCCCGAUGGUGCUGUUGCCAAGAUCACAGGCAAAGAAGGUCUCUGGUUUGAAGGACAAGCGCUUGUUUACGAUAGUGAAGAAUUAAUGGUCGAAGGAUUCAUUCGUGGCGACAUUCAGAAGAACUCUGGUAAGAAAUAUGUCGUUGUCGUUCGGUAUGAAGGUCCUCGUGGUGGACCUGGUAUGCCAGAAAUGUUGAAGCCCACAGGAAUGAUCAUGGGCGCAGGACUUGGUAAAGAUUGCGCACUAAUUACUGAUGGAAGAUUUAGUGGAGCAUCUCAUGGUUUCAUUGUUGGUCAUGUUUGUCCAGAAGCAGCUGUUGGUGGACCUAUUGCCUUAGUGGAAAAUGGCGAUGUUAUUUCAGUAAAAUUAACGCCAAAUAGCGGUGGUGGUACACUCAAUCUACACGUAUCUGACGAAGAAUUGGCGGAGCGACGUACCAAAUGGAAAUUACCAGCUAGAUCAGCCAUACCUGCUAAAGGUUACCUACGAAAAUAUGUUCAAUGCGUACAAUCAGCAUCGAAUGGGUGUAUUACUGAUGGUUAA